AUGGAUAUUGACGAUAUUCUCCGCGAAGUCGACCCGACAUUCCACGCCAUCCCGCAAGAGAAACGCGACCUCCAGGACCUAACGCGUGCCUGGGUCGCCGAGAGAUGUGCGCCAGAGCUCCUCCAAUGGCCUGCCAACGACCUGUUCGAGCGCGUCAAUGAAAAUAUCAAGCGGCAGAUCGAAAAGGUCGAGGAGAUGACGGGCGACAUGGACCCCAAGACCAACUUCGUGCUCAUCGUGCUGCAGACGGAGCUCGAGCGCUUCAAGUACCUCGUCCGCAGCUACCUGCGCGCCCGCAUCGCAAAGAUUGACCGCCACACGCUGCACUACCUCUCCACCGACGACCUGCGGUCCCGCCUGUCCGAGAUGGAGCUCGCCUACGCCACGCGCCACCAGGCCCUGCUCCACAACCACUACCUCGCCUCCUUCCUGUCCUCGUUCCCGCCGGCCCUGCAGAACCUCAACGACACGGCUGGCAACGUCACCAUGAUCGACGCCCCCGACCUCGACUCGGCCGUCUUCGUCCGCUUGCUGAGAGACACGGCGGUUGAAGCGCGGGACGUCGAUGUGGACUCCUCGACGGGCGGCCAGGAGAACGCCAUUUAUAUCUUGCGCUGGUCUGACGCCAAACCCCUCGUUGACGCUGGUAGCGCCGAGCUGGUUUGA